ACUACUCAGUCUGGAUUUUGGAGCACAGCAAGCAAGACUGCACUGUCUGUCAUUAUGGGGCUAACGCACGACCCAAACUUCCACAAAUUGCAAGACUGGUACACUGCUCAUGCACUCAACCUCAACAUGAGGCACUUGUUUGAGAGUGACAAAGAGAGAUUCAACAAGUUCAGCUUAACACUAAACACAGAAGAUGGGGACAUUCUUCUUGAUUACUCUAAGAAUCUCAUCACAGAUGAAGUUAUGAAAAUGUUGACUGAUCUGGGUCAAUCACGAGGAAUUGAAGCUGCCCGAGAGAAGAUGUUUACUGGUGAGAGGAUCAACUUCACAGAGGGACGUGCUGUGCUCCAUGUGGCUUUGAGGAACCGCAGCAACAAACCCAUCAUGGUCGAUGGUAAAGAUGUGAUGCCAGAAGUGAAUAAAGUUUUGGAGAAGAUGAAGGGCUUCUGCCAUAGAGUUCGUAGUGGACAGUGGAAAGGCUACACUGGAAAGACCAUCACAGAUGUUGUCAACAUUGGGAUUGGAGGAUCUGACCUUGGUCCGCUCAUGGUGACUGAGGCGCUCAAGCCUUAUGCAAAAGAUGGUCCACGAGUGUGGUUUGUGUCCAACAUUGACGGGACACAUAUUGCCAAAACAUUGGCUCAGCUCAAUGCUGAGACUACCCUUUUCAUCAUUGCAUCUAAGACAUUCACCACACAGGAAACCAUUACUAAUGCUGAGUCUGCAAAAGCAUGGUUCCUUGAACAUGCUAAAGAUAAAGUUGCUGUUGCCAAGCACUUUGUGGCUCUGUCUACAAAUGCUCCCAAAGUGAAGGAUUUCGGCAUCGACACAGAAAACAUGUUUGAGUUCUGGGACUGGGUUGGUGGCCGUUUUUCUUUAUGGUCAGCAAUUGGUAUGUCCAUUGCACUCCACAUUGGUUUUGAAAACUUUGAGAAGCUUCUGUCAGGAGCUCACUGGAUGGAUAAUCACUUCCGGACUGCUCCUCUCAAUAAGAAUGCCCCGGUCCUUCUGGCUUUGCUGGGAAUCUGGUACAUCAACUUUUUCCAUGCUGAGACUCAUGCUAUGCUGCCCUAUGACCAAUAUAUGCACCGUUUCACAGCAUAUUUCCAACAGGGAGACAUGGAGUCCAAUGGGAAGUACAUCACUAACCAUGGGUCUCGUGUCAACUACCACACUGGACCCAUAGUAUGGGGAGAGCCUGGAACCAAUGGACAGCAUGCCUUUUAUCAGCUUAUCCAUCAGGGAACACGUAUGGUGCCGUCUGACUUUCUGAUCCCAGCUCAGUCUCAACACCCAAUCAGAAACAGCCUGCACCAUAAGAUCCUGUUAGCAAAUUUCCUUGCCCAAACAGAGGCUCUGAUGAGAGGCAAAACCACUGAAGAGGCCAGGAAGGAGCUGGAGGCCAGUGGACUCGGUGGAGAGGAUUUGGAAAAGAUCUUACCACAUAAAGUAUUCCAAGGAAACCGACCAACAAAUUCAAUCAUUUUCAAAAAACUCACUCCGUACACCCUAGGAGCACUUAUAGCACUGUAUGAGCACAAGAUCUUUGUCCAGGGUGUAAUGUGGGAGAUUAACAGUUUUGACCAGUGGGGUGUGGAAUUAGGUAAACAACUGGCUAAGAAGAUUGAACCUGAAUUGCAGGACUCUAAAGAGGUCCAUUCUCACGACUCUUCCACCAAUGGACUCAUCAACUUCCUCAAGAAAAACUUAGCAUAAGCCUCUAAAAUGUUUCCAACAAUAUUUUCAGCUCCACAAAAAGGCAGCUGCUCCAUUUUACACAGUUUGCAACCACAUUGGCUUGCAUUUUAAAUGUCUUUGUUUGUUGGUUUUCACUUUGAAUAACAGAGAAAAUAGAAAUUUCUGGGUCUACAAGUUUUAUGCACAAUGCAGUGACUAAACAGUCAGUGCAUUCUGUCACUAGAGGGCACAAGAAAGCCAGAUUGCACCAUCACCAAGCACACUGUAACACAUUUAUCUAAUGGAACAAAUGGACAAAGGUCAAAACUGUGCUCUGUUGCUCCCCUCAAAUCCCCUGACUCAAAGACAUCCAUUUAGAGAAAAAAAAAACAUCUGGUUUGCAAAGCUGAACCAAUCUGUCCAAACACUAAAACCUCUUUUUCUAGCAGCACGUCUCUAUGUGGUGUAUUUCCCUGCAUAAAUGCUCUCUUCUAUAAAAUCUGGAGUUUAAUUUGUUAAAGUAACUGUAGCAAUUUUCAUUCAUUUUGGCAACAUAGUGUCUGCAAACUUCUUCACAGAGUACAAUUGUAGAGAUUUUAUAAACUCAAAGUGAAACUUAGAUGACCCUCUGCAUGGUUUUCAUUUUUGGUUGCCAGGCAACUAUAUUUUACUGCAAACUGAACUUGUCCAUGUUAUUUCUUGUUCUUGAUGGCCAUGAUGCAGAAUACAGUGAUCUUAAAUGUACUGAAAGGACUUUAUGCUGGCAUAGGAAUGUCAGAUCUUUGGUGACACAAAAGAAAAAGUUAAGACAAAUUUUGGGUAGCAAUAAAAGGGUAUUUUUCUUUAAAAACUAUCUCAAACUGCAAUAAGAAAGCAUGAAAUAGGUCCUGUGAGUUUUCUGAAUAAUGGUCACAUUCCACUACAUGCUUUACUGGUUGAACUUCUCAUUCAUUUUUGUCCUUUCUUUGGUCCGUUCAAGUCUGACCCUGUCAAAAGUAGGGUCCAGAAUUGGCCUUGUGCAGUGGUUGCCAUAGCAAUGUCACCCCCUGCUGCAGUGACUAUGCCGUCCCAAGUUCAUGGUGGUGUCACACUGAACUGGUAUUGGGCCUCUUGCACUGAGUUUGCCACGUACUCAAACCAGUGCUCAUCACUUUAGAGUAAAAUAAAUUAAAUCACUCCAUAUGCACAAUUAGAUGAUGUAAGUUUGCUUAUCCCUGUGCCAUCUCGUGUAACAUAACUGUUCUACUGGAGGAGAUAAAACAGAACAAUUCAUCUAUGAAAAUAGCAAGUCAAUUUUUUCCCAUGGCCACUGGAUUUAUUUAAAGAUUAAAGUACAUAGGCAGAACAUCCAGCCCAUCACAGCCUCUGGGGGCUGCAAAGGGAUCUGGAUGUCCUGAUUCUGUGUUAGGCUGCAUGCCUCUCCUCAUCCUUUCACAUUUACAUUUGAAACCCUUUGGGUUGCAGGUUACUAUUUGCCCUUUCUUAGUACAUCUGACCUGACAUUCAGAGUCAGACAUUCAUCACAAACAUUACAUGCAAUACUAAGGCUGGAGUCACCUUAUUAUAGAAGGGCAGGAGCACAGGCAUUUAAUUUAAUUUGUUUCAUUUGAAGUACCCAUCUUGUAUAACACAAAAUGGUUUCAAAGUAAUCUAUGUUGUGUUGGGAAAUGACAGAAGAACUCAUUCAACAUCCCCUGAACAUCCCAGAGUAACUGAAAGAGGAAAAACAAAUGUAUUCUCAGUCUCCACCAUUGUUUUAUGAAAAGACCCAAUGCAUAAUUCACUCUGCCUGGAGUUCAUAGAAGAUCAGUUUGGUUAAAAAUAUUGCAAUGUGUUUACACAACAUGUAAAUCCAUAUGUCUUUUUUUUAACAAAAGUAAAAAUUAAUUGGUGAAUUUAUAAUCUAAAGGAACUAUGCUAGAUUUUUAUUUUUUUAUAAACUUGACCUGUGUCCCCAGACAUGAGGUACUUUCAAUUGGUUUGCUGGUUGCAAUGCUGAAAAUGAUUUACAUUAAAUUUAAAUCUAAAAUGA